CCUUGACUGACUGGGCACGUUGUGUUCUGUAAACCGGAGGGCCCCGAUGGCUUUGUAUUGUACAGUUAUGGGAGUGCCCGUGCGAACAAACCCUUGAGUCGCAUCUAUGGUUGGUAGUUUGGUUGUGACAAAGUCAGGCUUACAUAUAGAGAAAAACUGGGGCAGCACCCUGCCCAGGUUCGAUCCGUUAUGCGAAACCCAAGACAGCUCAAUGCUUCCACUAAACCGCUCUAUCUCUUGACCCACGCAGGUCUCUUUCUCGCCUUCACGCGGCCAUGCUUCUUUCUCUCCACCCUUCUUGGAUCGCGUGUGACACAACCAGCUACAGCAAACACCAGUCAGCAUAUAUCCUAUAAAACCGGAACCAGUGUGAAGCCACCCAUGCCAGCACUUGCCUCUUCUCAAUGCAGGUUUCAGAGCAGGCUCAUGAACCAUGAGAGCUCUUGAAAUGGCCAACGUAAGGGCCUCCGCCUGCCCUGUGGUACCGCCUCCUUCCACGCGUGCCCAAACAUUGUAUUUGUCCAUGCGACCAGUGGCAUGGAGCGCCCAGACGGCACUCUCGCGAUCAUGAACCCGUCCGAAAUAAUCCGCGAGGGUCUUGCCAUUGACCAGAACCUCCCCAUUGCCCUCCACAAGCCAAGCCCGGGCCGAAGACGAUUUCCUCCUGCCGCUGCCCAAAGACCGCCCGUACUUAUCAAGCGUUUUCUUGACAGUUUCGUUGCUGAAGGCCUGGACACUCCGCUUGAAGUCGUUCAACGCCUGAAUAACCGGGGCAGGCUUGAUUUUCGGGUGAAUCUGAUGUAACCGCUUCACGAUGGCGAGGCACUUUACAUAGUCGGUUGCCUUGACCUGUUCACCGACGGCAUGUCUGAAAUCGUCCAGGGUCUUCCAAGACACGCGCUCGACGGCGUUGGCGGGAAUGGUGGGGAGAUUUCCGUAGAUCCUGAGCAGCUUGUCGAGGGCGAGAUAGCUGUCGUUGAACCGCGAUGUGCGCGAGAAGUAGGAUGGUGAUACUGGUACCGCGCGGGCGUGUCUGGCUCGAAUCGUGCCCUCGAGCUUCACGGAAUCAAUCUCGGGAGCGGCCUGGAAGGACUGGGUGGACAGGCACCUAGAACCCUUGGCGUUUAGUCGCAGUGCCUGAAAUUGUUGCUCGAGAGACCGAGGUCUCACGGCUCCCCGCAUGGCGGCGGCGAGCCCUCGUCUUGUUGUUGGUAUUGAGGCCAUUAUCGCGUGGUGCUAUCUCCCAUCGGAGGGUGUCGGCCUGCCGGGAGCUCGCCACGGAACAACCGCAGGAAUUUUUCCAGUCGUUGGUGAUUGAGCCGGGAGCUCGGGCCACCUCUUUACAUGCCCGUCACAAAGCGGCGGGCAUCGACCUCUCAGCCUCGCGGGUUGGGCAGCGUGGCCUGAGCACCCAGUGUCCCGCACACACGCCCGCAUGUAUUCACUGCCUGCCAGAAAUGGCUUAGCAAAGCAGCAGGGACACACCCCACCAGAACAAUCUACCCCGCCAGAUAAAUUUUAUUACCCUUCGCACAUUGUCGCCUUGACUCCCCUCCAACCCAAUUCCCCUUUCCGAACCUUCACAUCCAGCCAGACAGCGAGCACCGCAGCAAAGAUGGCAUUCGGAAAGCUCUUCACAUACCCGGGCAACCCCCGCUCCACGGCCAUCCGCGCCGUCGCGAAGGCCAACGGCCUCGAUCUCCAGGAGGUUGAGACUGACCUCGCCCAGCCUACCGAGGAGUUCACCAAGGCCAACCCCCUCAAGAAGGUCCCCGCCUUCGUUGGCGCUGACGGCUUCACCCUCACCGAGUGCAUUGCCAUCGCCAUCUAUGUCGCCUCCCAGAACGAGAAGACCACUCUCCUCGGCAAGACCAAGCAGGACUAUGCUUCCAUCCUCAAGUGGAUGUCCUUCUUCAACAGCGAGGUCCUCCCCAAGCUCGGCAACUGGUUCCGCCCUCUCCUCGGCAAGACCACCUACAACAAGAAGGCUGUUGACGAGGCUGAGAAGGAGACUCUCGCCGUCAUCGCCGUAGUCGAUGCUCACCUCGCCAACAACACUUACCUUGUCGGUGAGCGCAUCACCCUCGCCGAUCUCUUCGCCACUGGCUUGAUCGCCCGCGGUUUCGAGUACUUCUUCGGCAAGGAGUUCCAGCAAAAGUACCCCAACGUCACCCGUUGGUACUCUACUGUCUACAACCAGCCUAUCUACUCGGCUGUUGCCCCCGAGUUCGCUCUUCUUGAUGCCCCCAAGUUGACCAACGUCGCUCCCAAGAAGGCCGAGGCUCCCAAGCCCGCUGCCCCCAAGGCUGCCCCCAAGCCCGCUGCUCCUGCUGCCGAGGAGCCCGCUGAGGCCCCCAAGCCCAAACAUCCCCUUGAGGCCCUUCCAAAGGCCACCUUCCCUCUUGAUGAGUGGAAGCGUCAGUACUCUAACGUUGACACCCCCGAGGCCCUCAAGUGGUUCUGGGAGAACGUUCCCUUCAACGAGUACUCCAUCUGGAAGUGCCGUUACAAGUACAACGAUGAGCUUACCCUGACUUUCAUGUCCAACAACCUCAUCGGUGGCCUUAACACCCGCCUCGAGGCUUCCCGCAAGUACCUCUUCGGCUGCGCCUCCGUCUACGGCACCAACAACGACUCCAUCAUCGAGGGUGCUUUCGUCAUCCGCGGUGACGACUACGUCCCCGUCUUUGACGUCGCUCCCGAUUAUGAGAGCUACGAGUUCACCAAGCUCGACCCCUCCAAGCCCGAGGACCGCGAGUACGUGGAUGCUCAGUGGACCUGGGAGAAGCCCAUUGUCGAGAACGGCAAGGAGUACCCCCACGCCUCUGGCAAGGUCUUCAAAUAAACAACCAAAAAUUUCAAGCGCAUUUCGGGCCGGCAGAGGUGGUGUGCUAGACUAUGGGACAUGACUGAUGAAUGGGUUGGACGGGGAAUUACGGGACGGGUUCUGAGCCCAUUUGGUUCAUGUGUGAUUUGAUAUCGCCAAUAGUCAGGUCGCUGAUGAGCGUCGACUAAGCUAGACACUUGCUACUGCGUCCAGAAUAAAGUUCUUUGAUUCCAGUUUGUUUUGUCGUAAAGUAGCAAAUUAGUCAAGAAAAACAAAAAAACACUCAGAAAUAUUGAGAUACCGUGGUG